CAUUUCCAACAACAGCCUACAAAAUACAUUGCAAUUUUAUUAUUAGUCUGAAACAAACACGAAACAUAGAUCUAGAUAAAAAAAACUAAAAAAAAAAACCAAACAGCUUUACCUUUAAAAAAGUUAGAUCUAGAUCUAGAUUCUAGAUUCUAUAUACAUUUAAAUUUUAUAGCAAGUCUACCAGUUGAUAUUAUGAAUAUUUAUUUUAAGCGGUUCUAAACUUUCGCUUACGGAAUUUAUCAUUUAAGUUUGUUUUCGAUUAGCAAUAGCAGUCAUCGCUGAUUAGUGAUUACUGUAGUGUACUGUUGUUUCUAGAUCCUAGAUCUAAUCUAGAUCUAUAUCAGAUCUAGAUCUAGAAUUGUAUCUGACAACGCAGCGGCCUAUUAAAAGAAGUUGUAAUAAUGCAUUAAUUAUCUAUCAAUACUAGAUCUAUCUACUCUAGAUCUAGUAGGCCUAAUAAUAAAAUUAAUAAUGACAGUCUGAAUCUGAAUGAAAUUGAAAUCAUAUCGGCAGCAAAGUGCGCAGCUAACUCAGCUAAGCUACCAAUACUACCAAUGAUUUGGACCAAUGUUAUAAUAAUAAUUAUAAAUUAACAAAAAAAAAUAACAACUCACAAAUAAGCAGUGACCACUAAACUCUAAAAGUCUAAGCUUAAUAAAAAAUUAAAUCAUCAUGGACGUAGAUGGAAAUGAUGAGGAACUUUUUGAAGUUCAGACACAGUACCAACGUCAACAGAACUUAACAGUGCGAUUGACAUCUCAUUCUUAUGUUAAGCAACCCAUUUCAGGACCUCAGACACUUCCACCACCAUCUCAGUCACUGGAAGUGUCUUUUGUAACAGCUAAUGCUAAUACAUCACAAGUGCAAGCUAGCACGAGCCCUACACAGACAAACCUUGAAUUGAACAUUAGUUCCACUUUUCCAUUGAAAGUUUCUUGCCACGAUAAUGUGUCCUCAUCAAAAUGUGAUUUAAAGAUUCAUCACCCCUCUACAGAGCCUCCAUCCCAUGAAACAAUGGUGCCUAUUGUCCCUGUAUUAAUUUUUGAUUCUACUAAAUUAAAGCCCAUCGAUUUCAGUGUUCCUAUGCCAGUGUCGACUAUUUCAUUUGGUCAUUCCUCCCAUUGUCCAUCCAGUGAGUUCUACCCAUCACAUGGGCUAAAAUCACGAUCUUUGGUAGCAGGCUCACAUAUAAAAAAUCAGAUGCGACUUGCCAGAAGGAAUGCCUUAACUAAUUUAGGACUUCUCGAAUUUAAUGAAAAAAGAAAACUGUUUACUGCUGUUAGAAAUGGAGAUGUUGAAGAAGUUUCAACUUUGCUCCACAAUUGUGUUCAUGCUAAUGCAUCUGACAACAAGAGAAGAACAGCCUUGCAUAUUGCAAGUUCGCUGGGACUGGAGCAUAUAGUGAGCCUGUUAAUUUCUGCAAGAGCUGAUCCCAAUCGUCAGGAUAUUCUAGGCAAUACACCUCUCCAUUUGGCUGUUUGUAGGGGUGAUUCGAAAAUUGUAAGGUUAUUAAUUGGGUCUGGUGCAAAUAUUCACCUCAAAGACAAUUUGGGACAAACUCCAUUAUGCAUUGUGCGGUCAAGACUUAGCACUCUUAGGAAAGACAAAAGUAUUUCGACAGAUAAACUUAUCAAUGAAUGCCAAAUGAUCAGCAGCAUUCUAAAAGUGCACUGUAAAGCAGAGUCAGCUGGUGAGAUCCCAGUGGACACGCUGUGUAACAUGAUGGAGGCUGUGUCAACACGGGAGCAAGCUGACCAGAUUGCUGACCUCAUGAUAAACCAAAUGUCGGACCUGUGCAUUGACAAGGAAAAAGUAGACAAAUCCUGUACAAAGCCUUUUUUUGGGCAUUCCAUUUUGUAGCAGAGUUCCACAAAUGUGUGUUGUUUUCAAUUUGAAUUUUUUUUUAAUGCUCAUGGCUCUAGGUUAGAUCUUAAACUUAAUGAAAAUACACUGUUUUGUGUUCUCAUGUAAUUAAUAUUUGUAUUUAACAUAUAUUUGCAAAUGGCUCUCAUUAGCCAUACUUUCUUUGGUUGAUUGGAAAAAUGUGGUUUAUUAAUUGCCAAUUAUUUUACGAACAGUUAAUAAAACUGCCGUAUAUAUUAACUGUCGAUUGUAUUUUCAGUUUGAGAUCAUAUGAUCUAUUGAGACUAUGGUAUAAAACAUAAUUCACCUGUCAUUGUGGUGGGGUCAUGUUACAGCUGAGUUCAGGGACCUUCUUGUUGUGGCUUUACAAAGGUUUUGUAUGGAUCCUAGGAGCAAUGGGUCUAUCUGCUGAACUCUUUUUUUUUCAGGUUCCCCACAGAAGCUCAUUUAACUGUAACUCAUAAGUACUGUGGGUUUUAACUAAUUUUCUUCUCAUCAAUAUUGUAUUAACAAGAAUACAAAUAAAAUUACAAUCUGACAAAGAUAUCAAAACAUAUUUGUUUUAUUAACCCAAUU